AACCUCAAAAAAUCAAAAAAAAUAUUUUUUGAAUUUUCAGGCUCAAAACACUUUACAAACAAAUAAACUGCUCAAUAAUUAAAUUUUUUUUCUUAAAUAAAAAAAAAACACAAAAAUUUUCGUCCUGACGAGUUUUUCAAAUCGCACGUGACAUCCCCAAGUCCGCUGACGACGUGCGCGUGUGUGCCUCGGACAUAAACGGCGUUGUUGCCGUUUUUCACGAUUUGUGAAUAUUCUGUGUGUACGUGUAUAAUAUUUAUCGAGAUAAGAUAUGAGGCUCGCGAUGCGCUUGCUGAGCGCAUUCGACGCAGUCUCGUCGUGAGGUGCGACGGUUACGCACGCAGAGAUUAUCCGCAGAGAGGUGUGUGUACAGUGUGAUGUGUGAGUAGUGUGUGAGCGCGAUCGCAAUCAUUUCGGUGACGCUCAAGUUGUGCAUCACGAGGACCAGCAGACGUAGCAGCAUGUUGCACUCGCUGGACACGCUCGCCGGCAAGCUGUCGCCGGGCGCCACCGUGCAGGCGGUCAGCCCGACGUCCUCCGGGUUGGACAACAAUGCCAAUCGUGUGCAUCCGUAUUUGAAACAGACACAAACAGCCAAUAGUAUGGGAUUGAAUAACAAUACGAUGACGUCGAUGAAUAACAACAACAACGUCAAUAAUAACAACAAUCAAACGACGAACAACAACGCGUUAAACAACGGCUCACUGACGGCGGUAGGUGGCGGCGGUGGUGGUGGCGGUGGCUGUAUGUUAACCGGCAAUGCCGCCAACGGUCUCCUACAGAAUCCCACUGCAAUGGUAACAAAUAUAGGCAGCGGAAAUGGAACGCCCGUUGGGUUACUGGACCAAGAACAGCCCGAUUCCGAUAAUAUUAAGAUGUUCGUCGGGCAAGUGCCGCGCACGAUGGACGAGAACGAGCUCAAGAAGAUGUUCGAGGAGUACGGUCGUGUGCAUUCGAUCAAUGUACUGCGCGACAAGGCCACCGGAUGUAGCAAAGGUUGUUGUUUCGUGACGUUCUUCACACGCAACGCGGCCCUGCAGGCACAGGGCGCACUGCACAAUGUCAAGACGCUGGAGGGGAUGCAUCAUCCAAUCCAGAUGAAACCGGCUGAUAGUGAAAAUCGAAAUGAAAGAAAACUAUUUGUUGGCAUGCUGAGCAAAAAGCUGUGCGAAAACGACGUGCGCGCCCUCUUCAGCGGCUAUGGCAACAUCGAAGAAUGCACAGUGUUGCGCGAUCCAGCCGGACAGUCACGCGGCUGCGCAUUCGUCACCUUCGCGACAAAGCAAUGUGCACUGAGCGCAAUCAAAGCCCUCCACCAAUCACAAACGAUGGAGGGUUGUUCAGCGCCUCUGGUGGUGAAGUUUGCUGACACGCAGAAAGAGAAAGAGCUCAAGAGGCAGCAGCAGAUGCAGGUGAACAUGUGGGGUGCGAUUGCGCAACAACAGGCGCCGCAGACACUGCAACAGCAAGCACCGCAGCAGUACUCGCAGGUGACGCUGCCGGCGGACGCCACCUCACAGCUACAGCUACUGCAGGCGAUGUCGUCGAUGAACAGCACGCUACCACUUUUGCAGCAACAAUUACUAGGUGGCAAUGAUAAUAUCAUGCCAAUUGGAAUGCAAAACCUGGUGACGUUGGCGGCGAUGGCACAGCCAGCGGCGGCGGCAGCCACUGCCGCCUCACCUUUGUGUAUGGCGAAUUUGCUCGGCAAGACUACGACUGUGGAUCGGUCUUCGUUGUCAGCAGCCGCCGGUCUUCAGCCAAGUUUGGCUACUUCGGCUGAUUUAAGUUCCUAUGGGUUGUUUACCAGCGCCACGAUGUCGGCGGCGGCGAUAGCUGCUGCGGGGAAGCAAGUUGAAGGUCCUGAAGGAUGCAACCUGUUCAUUUACCACCUGCCACAAGAGUUCAACGACACCGACCUGGCGUCGACGUUCCUGCCCUUCGGCUCGGUGAUAUCGGCGAAGGUGUUCAUCGACAAGCAGACGAACCUCUCCAAGUGCUUCGGCUUCGUGUCGUUCGACAACGCCGCCUCGGCGAAGGCGGCCAUCCAGGCGAUGAACGGUUUCCAGAUUGGCACCAAGCGGCUGAAAGUGCAACUAAAGCGUGCGAAGGAGGCGUCUCGGCCUUAUUAGCCGUGCGCAUGCGCCCACUUUCCAAGCCGCUAACUACCAUCAUUUGAUUCCCAAAUCCUUGGAACACGCGUCGAGUGCAAUCUUUUCUAAUCUAUAAACAGAGACAAUGACAAGCAGGAAAUAAACUGAAACUCGCCGCUCUGCCCAUAAACCAAGUGGGAGGAGCCCAGUGUAGUGCAUCGCUAUCGCCGGGGGCGCAACCCCCGCCUACGAAACAUACCAAAAAGCAAAUUAGUCUUUAUUUUUUAAACAAAGAGAAAAACAAACAUACUGGACGAUUGAGGGACAGAAGCUUACCAAAAAAUGAAAAGUCCAAAAAUAAUAGCGCAUAAUUAAUGAAGACUAUUGAUAAAAAAGUGAAGAAAGUGCCACACUUGUAUUGUACUGAUCUAAUGAUAUGUUGCAGACACAUACACUUGAAAACAAUCACACAACACACACGAACACAAGAGGUAAACACCGUGAACACGUUGCUAAGACGCUCUCAGGAUCACCGCGCGGCGAAAAAAUCCGCACACGAACCACCACCAAUCAAAUCGGAUACGUAGCUAACACACCACACACUGUUAGGCAACCAAACACACAGUAUCACGUAAGCAACAUCACUUUUACCUUACCUAUUAUACAAAACGCAGCGAUAGCAACACGGAAACCGAACACAAUUGAAACCCAAUUUACAAACAAAAACAAUAGCAAUUUAUGGCUGCUGUGGGGGCGCCACAUUCAAGACAAACGAAAAUUGUAAACAAAUAAAAUUGGAAUUGUAACUUGAAUCACGGGCUACUGCGAAUGUGUUUUGGUAGAUGGCGCUAUAGGCAAUUUAUUACAAACGUGACACGCGCGCGAACGAACUCUUUGUGUGUGUGCGGCAUUAUGAACUAAACAAAACAUACAAAAAUGAAAACAAUGUUAAAUGUUAUGUUUGGAUAUAUUUAUAUAUAAAUAACAAAUUAGUGAAAAUUGUAGGGUUUUACAAAAAAAAUAACAAACAACAAAAUGAAGCUAAACAAAUUUUUGAUUGUAAUCAGAGAGCGACGAGAGCGCCACAGUUGUGAAAAGAUUCCGUAUUACAUACUGCUGAACAUAAAUUUUACUAAGAUUUUCUUGAGAAAAUAUGCGAAAAAAGACGCAGAGUUAUUUUACUUCUAAACGAUGAUGUAUUUUUCGAAAGCGCAGCGCAGUUAUGGACGCCGAAUUUAUUGUGUAUCGAUAAUCGUAUUAUGUUUUAAUUUAAUUUAUAGUUUAUCUAGUUGCAAGACUUGUGAGAAGAAGCGGUUUUCAUUUGUUUCAUUUAUUUUAAUUCAUUUUUUCGCGGCCAGUGUCAGUAAUCGAACUGUAAUCAUUAUUUGUGUUUGAUUUGGUUUUAUUAUUUUAUAUUUAAUUUUUUUUUGCGUUGUACGGUUUUUUCAUUACGCGUUUCUUUUUUUGUAGUCCGAGUGUCGUUUUAUUUUUUGCGUUUUUGACAGUUUUACGUUUGUUUCUUUUAGUUUUUCUGUUGCAAGUUUCACAUUUCUCACGCGCAAGAAAAUCCAGUGACCAAUAAGUGAUAACGAUUUACGAUUUAAAUAUUUGCAAACAUGGCGGCGCGACACGUGCACACACACGCGGCAUGCCACAUAUAGUUAAUAUUGAUUGUAUUAAAUUAUAAAAAAAAAUGAUCAAGAUUUAAUAUUGUACAUUUAAGUGUUUUACACAGAAACAAAAAGCAAAAAAAAAUGACGGCGAUUUUCCAUGUCGGGAAAAAGUCAUUUUGAUGAACGUUGUUUGUUACGUAUUGAAACGAAUUGUUUUCAUUUUUCGUUUGUAAUAUUCGUCGAUGGUUUUUGAUACUUUUUAACAAUUCACACACAAAUUGAAUGUUUGUUUACGUUCGAAGUCGUUUCGAAAACUAUUUCAUUACUUUUUUCUUUUUUUCGUUUUUGUAAUUAUCAUUGUACUUAGUUUUUGUUUUAUUCUGAUGUAUUUCGAGGGCAGCUGCGCAUGCGCGCGCCGCUCGAUAGUCGAGUCGUGGCCAUAAUGUGCAGAAGGGUGGAACUAUAUUGUUGAAUGUACUUUAAUUUCUAUAUUUUGUUAUAACUAUGAGUCUUAUUCGAUUAUUUCAAAUAUUUGAUUAAAUGAAAUGAAAAUGAA